AUGGCAAGUUCCACAUCCUUGCCCAUGUUCCUUAAGUUACAGAUGUUAGUGUUGAUUACCUUUUGCUUUGUUGACUUUGCCCGAUCAGACUUCGCUGCUGAUCAAGCAGAGUGCACAAACCAGCUUGUUGGACUUGCCUCUUGUCUGUCGUUCGUCCAGCAAAUCAACAUCCAGUGUCCAACACCAGAUUGUUGUGAUGACUUCAGCAAGGUGGUCAGAAAUAUUUUCAAGUGUUUGUGUGUUCUUAUCAAGGAUAGGGAUGAACCACAGCUUGGUAUCAAGGUUAAUAUCACAAGGGCUCUUAUUCUUCCUGCCAAGUGCCAUGCACCAGCUAAUGUUUCUAACUACCCAAGAGUGCUAAGGCUUCCUUUGGAUUCGACGCAAGCUAAGGAUUUCAACCAGUUUUCUGACGAAAUGCAAGGGAUGGCGGUGAACUAUGCUAUAAUUUCAAGGAAAAGACAUGGCACUAUGGCAAAUGUGAGCAUUGAAACAAAUAAUCAAAGUGGUGGGAGCAAUGAUGUAAAUCAGAGUGGUGCAAAGGGCAUAAAACUGUCUCAAAUGGUGAAGGGAGGAGGUGUUGGUAUCGGAGUUCUCCUUUCCGCCCUCUCAUGUGUGGUCUUAAAAUGGUGUUUUGGUUUGAAGAGGAUUUAA